AUGUCCACCAGCACUGGCCCAGGUUCUAAAGGGUCAGAUUGGACUGACUCUCCCACACAUCAGCCGAUCCAGACCACCUCGCUACAGGAGACUCCGUCCGGCAUCCCUGCACAAGGCACAGUGUCUUAUCUCACAGGAACAAAAUCUCCUUCCACUUUGCUCAGCACCAGACGACCAAAAGUUCAAAAGAAACCUGCUCUUGGCCCGCGCCCUGACAGCUUUGACCUGGAUUUAUGGCCCCCGAGCAACACAAGCCAGAAAGAGCUCCUCAAAAAAACAUCUGCAACACACAACCAAAAAAACUGGACAGUCACGGAAUUAACUUCCAAUGCUGGAACUACUGACAGAGGCAUGAAUCAUGGUCAUCAAAGUAAUCCAACCCCAAACUACAAAUUUGAUUCGUCAUCAUCAAUACAAACAGAUCUACCAACUCCCUCUGCUCAAACUAUGCCAUGGACAAUGGCUGUCAUCACAAGCUCUCCUACAACCCAAGUAAAAGGUAUCAAGCAAGUGACCCAGUCAGCAGUUGAUCUUCCUCCACAUCCUGAGGACCCAAGGGUGAGUGAAGAGAGAGAGCAACAACCACACAAGGAGCAGCCAGAAGUGACACAACCCAAAAUUGUUGGCGGCAAACAAGAGCGGAUGGGAGUGAUUCCGGAAUCUACUACAGCACCUUGGCUUGUUGCCACGCGGCCAGGAGAUGUCUCUGAUACAGGAACUAAAAGAAGUGACAUGAGUGUUACUACGGAGCCCACCCAGAAGGAUGGACCUGGACCAGUGCUGUGGUCACCUGCUAUCACACCACAGCUACACAAUGCUGAAGUCACACCCUCAUCAACAGAGGACUGGGGAACUGGUCCAGCGGCCACGGACAUGUCUCUACUCCCAGACUGCAAUACGGAGCGCUCAGGAAUCUGCAACACCACUGACAACUGGCCGCCCAUAUUCCCGAGUCACAAGGACCCUGCAAACGCCACCACAUUCGUCUACAACCAAUCGAGUAAUACCCUCCUGGUGCCAGCCUCACCCAUGUUUGUAGCUCUCCACUCUGACUGGAACAGUGCCAUGGCAACAUGGGGCCUGGCUUGGGAGGCCCAUAUUUAUGGUCUGGGCGGGGUGUUCUCUCUGGUCACCCUCGCCUCGGCACUAAACCUGCUUUGUCUGCCGCUGCGUUGCCCCUCAGGAUGUGGCUACUUUGCUCUGGUCAGCAUCUUCCUGUUGGCGGCGGGCAGCACCAGGGCCUUUGCCCUGCUGUACGACGCCUACGGGCACCAAGAGCGACUGGCGUCCAGCGAGGCGUCUCUGCUGCUGUACGAGGCUCCCUUCCCCUGCCUGACGGCGGCCUUCGGCCUGGUCUUCCUCCUGCUCUCCAUGCGCUCCAGGAUGCAGCUCUCCUACUCGGCCUUCCAGCGGCCGUGCUUCUUAGCCUGCCUGGUGCUGCUCCACUUCACUGCUGCGUUCGGGCCCAUGACCCUGCUCAGCACAGACCAGCAGGGGGCGCCCCUCUGCCUCUUCCUCUCCCUGGUCUCCAGAGGGGCGUUCGUCGUCCUGGCCUCGUUUCUGUCGGCCGCCUACUUCGUGUUCUACUGUUACGUGCGCGCCGACUCCAAACACAUCUACCACCUCAACAACACCUCCCCGACGCCGGCCGAGCGCUACAACCGCUGCCCCUUCGCCGAGAGCCGCGAGUGGGAGCGAGCCGCCGCCGCCGUCUUCCUCUCCGCCGUCCUCUCGCUGGCCUGCGCCGGCCUGCAGCUCUAUGCCAUGCUCCACGCGCUGGGCUUCACCGGCGGCCCAGAGGUCUUCAAGCCCUGGCCCUGGUGGUCUUUCCAGCUCAGCUGUCGGAUCUGCGAGGCCGGAGUGUGCCUCACCCUGGCCCUGGUGGUAGCGCAGCCCGUCUACUGCUCCGACCACCUGCCACAGCCUGGAAACUGCUGGACGGAAUUACUGGCUGCCAAAUCUCCCAUCAUUCCAGGGACCUACCACUGGACCUUGAAUCAACAAGAAAAGCUAGCCAUCUGUGACACCAUGGGCCACGGGGAGACCGAGUGUCUUCCCCUGUACUCCCUGGUGGAUGAACGACUGGGAAACAGUCUAAAUGGGCUGGACCUUUUAUAUCACAGCAACCGUGCCCUGGCCUAUCGGGACUUUGACCUUGACCAACCGGACGCCAUCGCCGACACGAGGGAGUCGUCGUGCGCCAGCGACUCCACGACGGACCUGCGGCCUCCGUCGCCCAUCAACCUGCGGCGCAGCAUCGACGAGGCGCUCUUCAGCGAGGACCUCUUCCCCAUGAGCCUGUUCAGCCCGCUCAGGCCCUUCAGCUUCUGUGAGCAGAGCCUGGACGCGCGCGACACCCUGAUAGCUCAGUCCAGCUGCACGCUGCCACUCCGGGAGAGCCUCCCCUCAGACCCGGGGCUCUACCGCACCGCCUCCUGCGUGGAGAUCCUCCCUCAGGCCUCUCUCCCCGGCCGCGAGCAGAAGGAGGCCCCGGCGGUGGGCCUGCCGCCCUCCCCGUCCCUGUCUCCCGCCACGUCCUCCUGCUGCUCGUCCCCCGAGGGCUGGAGAGGGACCUCCAGCACGUCCUCCCUGUACAGGCCCUCGCUGGCCGACUCCUCCCUGGUCCUCUGCUCCAGUCCAGAGCUGAAGGCCCGGCCCUCCUCCCUCGGCGGCAGCUCGGGCCGCAUGCUGCCCUCGGACCACCAGAGACAGUACCGUAAUCUGGACCUGGUGUCGCAGGAGAGUCUGGACCAACGCUCGGAGCUGGACCAGUCAGUCCAGGAGGAGUUCAAAAGUGUGUGCAGACAGAUAGAUGCCCUGAGCAUCUGCAGUGAAACUAUUGACUUGUAAAGCAUACAGUUUCUGAUAUGUACACUGACAUAAAUAAGCACAGAUUUGUAAACCUUGUAAGUAUAAAUACAGUAAUGUAGACGUGAAUAAAUCUAUAGACUGAUGUUCUACUGUCUAAAGUGCUAAAGCAAUGAUUGAUAUUGAAAUGAUGGACAGUUUUGCUGCUGAAUGAAGACUGACCAACUCAAAGGUGGAUUGUGUGUACUUUUCAUAGUGCAGUCUAGCUUGUCUAUUCAACGUUAAUAUGAACUAAUAUUCUGUUGUGAAACAUUGAUUUUGACAAGGAUAUUAAGCUUUGAGUAUUUGCGAUUGUCAUAGGUCUGUACAGAGCAUCUCUUAGUAUUGUCCAUUCUUUCUAAUGAGGAGAUACUACCGACCUUAAGAUGAUCUUUACGUCAAUGAGCCCAAAGCUACAAAAUUGAAGCCACAAUCAAUAUCUGAGGCAUUUUUGCAGGUUAAUAAAUAAAUCUCUACAUUGUCCAGAUAGGAGGACUCAUGUAAGUGACUUAUAGGUGCAUGGAGUGCCAGAGUUCUGAAAGUCAGGGCUGGUUUUGUAAAAAGUUUGUAAAAUGUAAAACUGUGAGAUGCAGAGAUUUGUUAACUUUUUGGAAAGUUUCAGAUAAGUGAUGUUGUUGAUAAUUGUAAGCCUGUUUGUAUAAAACAUUUUAUAUUCAACAUAAAGAAAGAAUACUGUGACUGAACAACUACUGAAAUGUUAAUCCAUUUAAAUUGAAAUAGAAUUGAAAGGUAUUAUCACAUUUUAUAUAAAUAUACAUAUAUAAUGCAUACUACAGGUAAAUCCAUUUAAUUUCAGUUUUGUAUGAUUUCGUACUGCUUGAUGAGACAUCUGCUUUGCCCUAUAGAAGAGAUGUACAGUAUUUUGUAGGAGCAUUGUAUUGCCCCCUGCUGGUGGCAUUAGGAACAUGCUGUCAAAAAGAGGCUGCUAGAUUGCAUUGAUUGUACUCAGACGGGUUAUACCUUUGAAUAUAAGUGAUGUGCUAAGCUAUUUAUCUGCCAAAAUUUGUAAUACCCUCUCCAUAUUCUUAGCAAAAUAUUAACAAAGAUGUGAAUUUCUACAUUUUUAGUGUGCAUGUUAUUUUAUAAAUCUGUUGGUGAAAUGCCAUAUAUAGAAAGGAUAUCCAUGAUGACAACAAAUGGCUUAAUUACAAUAGAAUAAAAUGAAAA